AUGGUAACGGCAGUUGGUCGAUAGUUCUGAUUUGAUAUCACACCGUGAGGAACAGCUGGGGCGCGCUGUUGCAAACCGCCAACGACAGGACGCGCCUGCCCUAGCAAAAGGUCUUUACACAUAUUUGCUUCGUGAUCUGUCUGGACUCCUCCUAAGAGUGUAUUUUUCCGAGUUCGUUGCAGGGUUCUUCAGAACAGCUGGGAUUCCCUGUGUGACGUCAUGUUCUACGCAAUGAUCGACAACCUUAUACAUCCAAACUCCAAGAAAAUCCUCCAUGAACGGUACAGAAACGUCCUCAUCGCGGACUGUGGCAGCAGAUCCCGAUCCCAUCUCCCGCUCCUCUAAUGGCACCGCCGUCCUCCCUCCUGAUCCGUCCCAAUUGACCGGAGAAUUGCCACCCCUCCCUUACACCCUCCACACCCGCAAACUUUCCAUCCUCUCCUUCUGGACAAUGAUGCUCAUCGACUCCUGCCUCAUGCCAAUCGCCCUCUAUGUCGGCCUCUGGUACGGUACCUCACUCUCUCACAACCACGUCUUCACCAUCUCCACCGCCCUCUUCGGUGGCGUCGCGAUAUGGGAAUAUACACUCCGUUCUUGGCACUUAGCGUUUGGGAAGAACUCUUUGCGGAACAGGCCGUUGGGGAAUGACAAGAAAUGGGGAUUCGAUGCCUUUCAUUGGUGUUUUACGGGGCUUUGGGUGGUGUUGGCUGCGGAGUUGAUCGUGGGUACGAUUCCGCGGGAACCGGUCAUUAGGCUUCUCGCUAUGCCGCCUGCGAGUGUGAUGUUCUUUAUGGGUUUCGUGAUGCUGUUUAACGACUUCCUUUACUCCCGCCACCAUCCCGCUCCUUGCCGCAUUUCUUCUGUCCCGAAAGGCGAACCGAUCCGUCCAUCGGUCUAUACCAUCGUUGAAGACAUCGUCGCCGUCGACGGAGCCGGUGGCCGGACCUUCCGUAGCGCAUGGAAUGAACGCUAUGUAGCAUCCCCAGUCCUCCCCGAUCUUCUCUGGAGACUCGGGGUGUUUUGGGCGAUCGGCGCGAUUGUGGUUGCGACAGCCCUAACGGGUGUUGUGAUGGGGAUUAGGAGUCAGUUGGUGGGGUAUAUUGUCGCGUGGGUUGUGCCGUGGAUUUGGGUUGCGGUUUGGACGGGGGUUACGGUGGGGUGGGUUAGGAGGGGGUUGAGAAGGGAGAGGGAGGUGUGGGAGGAGAUGAAGGAGAAGCAAGGAAUUGAGUGGAGAUCUACUCAAGAAGUAUAAAGGGAGAGAGGAGUGGGCUAUAUGAAUGAGAGGAGGAAAGAGUAGAAUCUACCGGAGAUAUUGUGUGGGAAUAUUGCUAUCGACGGCGUUGGC